AUGGGAAGCUCCGCCUCCAUUCCUCCAGUCACUUUCACUAAACACUUCCAUGAUCUUCCCACCUUAGCCAGAGUCAAAAUCUCAGGCAGCAUUCUCAAACGUAAAAUACAUGUUGUGUGUGAUCAUACAUCGAGAGAGUGGGUGAUAGUGCUACCUCGAGGGUACUCAGGGCCUAUUGUAUUCCAUGAUGGACCAAAAGAAGAUGAUGCAGUAAUGGCAGUUUCUUCUAGAAGACACACGGUGUUUGAAAUCACUUUAUCAGGAAUGGAACUCCGUGAGGUAACUGAACUUAUGCAUUGCGAAGAAGUAGCAUUAUCUACACGAAUUUAUUGGUUUGAGCUUACAGUUGAGAAAAAUAGAGAGAGAUUUGAAUGGUGGCCAACCACUCAAGGUAAAAUCUCUGACACAGAUUCGAUAUGGAGCCUUAUUAAAGUAUCAAGGACCAAACUGGCUAGGAGUCAGCGAAUGUCGACCAUUAAAGAUGAAAAAGAAAUAGUAGCCCGCUGGAUAUACAGAGAUGCUGUUCGUCCAGAAGGACAAUUUGAAUUGGUUGGCACAGGACUUGCUUUUGGCCCCACAUAUCACUUAAUGGCAUUGGCUUCGGCAGUCACAUUCCAUUGCAACAAUAUUCGUGAUGUUAGGCGACGAGGUUGA